GAACGUCAGCGUCAUAUGCUAGAGCUAAACACGACAUCAAAAGCGGCACACGGUGAGAGUGUCGCAAACUCGUGGCUGCUGUCCGGCCGAAAGGCACAGUGUUUCGCGCUGGAGCGCCACGCACCACUUGCUCCUAUCUCAUGGAGGUAUUCGUGGUCGACACCAUUAUGGCUCACCAAUCUAAGCAACAGGAAGAUCUCAUUGCGUGUUUGAGCGCAUAGCGGUGGGCGUGUUCGCUCCAUUCAAACUGAGCCGCCUGCCAUGUCUUUCCAAGAUCUCGAGCGCGGCUCGUCCUCGCGGCCGACGCCAGCAUCCACAGCUCCUGCUCCAGCACGAACGCUGGGCACCAAAGUAUCAGGCGGUUCGACGUUGCCGCUAUAUCACGCGCCUCCCUCUGCGCCGUCAGAGGACGACCAGGAGUUCAAGAAGCUCGCGGAUCGGAUUGGCAUCCAGAUCUUCAAGAUCAACAGCAAUGUCGCGGCCAUCGAGAAAUUAGUCCAGCUUAGCAAACGGGGUAACUCCGACGUGCAGGGAAAGGGGCAGCUGGACUGGGCGCAGAGAGUCCACGACCUUAACGAAACGACUCGGUCACUCGUCAAAGACUCGACUGGGGACGUCAAGUCGCUAUCGCGAUUCACAGCCCCAUCAUCGGGCGCAAAUCAUAAGACGAAGCUCGCCGUCGCAAAACUACAAAGCGACUUCGAGCUGGCUCUCAAGGGCUUCCAGAGCGCGCAGCGGCUAAGCGCCGAGCGGAAUCGCGAUGCACUCGAGGGGGCAAGGCGGGAGGCAGCUGCGAAAGGUGCAGCAGGAAGUGCUGCUGCGCAGAGGAGCCUGGGGAGAAGCAAGGGUACUUCCAAUAAAGCAGCGCUUGAGUCUGAGGAAGCGCAGCUGGUCGAUCUGGGCGGAUCGCAAGCGCAGCAGGUCCAAGGCAACGGAAGCGGCGAGGAACAGGCACAGGUACUAGUACAAAAGCCCAAGGGGCCGAGUCAGUCGGAGCUGGAGUUCCAGGAAACGCUUAUCGCCGAGCGAGAGGCAGAGAUCGAGGAGAUCGAAUCGGGCAUUCACGAGCUCAACGAGAUCUUCCGCGAUCUCGGGCAUAUUGUGCAGGAACAGGGCGGGAUGAUUGACAACAUCGAAUACAAUAUCACCUCCAUCGCGACAAAUACGGCAGGCGCAGAUAGAGAGCUGGUCAGCGCCCACGAAUAUCAGCGCAAAGCCGGACGACGAGCAGCGUGUCUGCUGCUGAUCGUCGGUGUCGUCAUUGCCAUUGUCUUGCUUGCUCUCUUGUCAUGAUACCGUUCCUUGCCGCGUUAUUUUACGGCAUGUGCACGUAUUGCGCUGGUUGACUGGGCUUCAUUAACUUUCUCGUGGGUAAUUCCAUUAGGGUGUACAGUAUGUAGGAAAUUAGAGCGAACUGCCAGGCUCCGAUGCUGUAGAGCAUAUGGCCCAUCGAUGUGCGCUUGACGGCGUUAAAUACAAAGGUG